AUGGGGUUUGUGCAGUUUUUGAAGACUCGGUCUGGGUUUCGGGUCGACAAUAGCAAGACUACGUCUGCCGCAAACCUGACUUUACGUCAGAGUAUAUGGCCUUUGAUGCUUGUCACUAUACUCUUCUUUUUGUGGGGUUUUGCAUAUGGGCUGCUUGAUACUCUUAAUAAGCAUUUCCAGAUUACACUCAACAUCACAAAGACAAGAAGUUCAGGGUUGCAAGCCGCAUAUUUUGGUGCCUACCCUCUCGCUUCCUUAGGCUAUGCGAACUGGCUUCUUCGACAUUAUGGGUAUAAAACUGUUUUCAUCUUCGGACUGGUCCUUUAUGGCAUUGGAGCGCUCUGCAUGUGGCCUGCCGGUCUGAAUCAGUCAUUUGGAGGUUUUUGCGCAGCUACAUUUGUCAUCGGUUCAGGGUUGGGAUCGCUUGAGACGGCAGCCAACCCGUAUCUCGCAGUUUGUGGUCCACCAAAGUACGCCGAAAUCCGAAUCAAUUUAGCCCAGGCUUUCAACGGGAUCGGGACUGUUGUUGCGCCAGCACUGGCUUCGUACGUUUUCUUUACCGACACCGCGGAUAAUGUCAAUGCUUUGAAGCGCGUGCAAUGGGUAUACCUUGCUAUCGGUAUAUUCGUCUUUGUUCUGGCCGGGGUCUUCUUCAUGUCGACCAUACCCGAAGUUACGGAUGAAGAUAUGGCAUACCAGGUGUCUACUACGCAUGUCAGCGAGCAAGAGAAGCCAUUCUGGAAGCAAUAUAAGCUAUUCCAUGCUACGCUUGCCCAGUUUACUUACACUGGCUCUCAAGUUGCCAUUGCGUCUUACUUUAUCAAUUAUGCUACUGAAACCUGGCCCGGCACAAGCAGCUCUACAGGCUCAAAAUAUCUCGCCGGAGCACAAGCAGCGUUCACCGUCGGCCGGUUCCUCGGCGCCUUCAUGAUGAAAUUCUUCAGAGGACGCUGGGUUUUCCUCGUCUAUCUCUCAGGCGUAGUCGCUUUCUGUGCCGCUUCAACUACACAGAGAAAUGAAACCGGAGUGGCAAUGCUCUUCCUAACCCUCUUCUUCGAAUCCGUCUGUUUCCCUACCAUUGUUGCCCUCGGCAUCCGCGGUCUAGGCCGCCACUACAAACGUGGCUCGGGCUUCAUCGUCGGCGGCGUCAGCGGCGGCGCCGCAAUCCCUGCGCUCCUAGCCCACGUCGCCGAUAUACGCAACAACACUGGAUUCGCAUUCAUCGUACCGACCAUGUUCAUGGUUAUUGCGUGGACGUAUGCGCUUGCGGUGAACUUUGUCCCUGCGUAUAGGGAUACGGUGGACAAGGUUGGGGAGAGUGAUAUUGGGUUGCGGUCUGAUGGGGAUGCGGAUGGAGUUAAAGAUGUCGAGGCUAUGGGUGAUUCUGAAAAGGCAGAGGUUGUUCAUGUUCGGUGA